CACGCCGGUUCACCGCUGCGGAACUACAUUACCCACAAAACCCCCCGCCAGCACGGUUACGCAACACGCCGCGCCAAGCUGGCCCCGCCCCGUGUUUUGAUGGCAACAUGGCUACGCACGUGGGGGUGAGGAAGUGCUCCCUGCGCAGCCCCGAGUUCCCUCAAACUUUGCACCAGGGGUUCAGAGAGCUGUGGGAGGCGGGCUGCCUCUGCGACAUUCGCCUGGUGGCCGAAGAUGAGACGUUUCCGGCUCACAGGUCGGUUCUCGCCGCAGCCAGCUGUUACUUCAGGGUGAUGUUUACAACAGACAUGAAGGAGAGAAACAUGGACUCGGUGGAGCUAAAAGGCAUUUCUGCGGGGGGUCUGAAAUGCGCCUUGGACUUUAUCUACACUUCCCAGCUGGUGUCGGACUUGGAGAGCCUGGAGGACGCGCUGAUCACCUCCACACACCUGCAGAUCCCGCACAUGACCGCCUGCUGCGCGGAGCUCCUGCAGAGCUCCCUGACCGCGGACAAUUUCCUCGAAAUCCUCUCUCUGUCCAGUAGGUACGACCUGGCCUCUUUAAAGGGGGAGUGUCUCGCCUUCAUCUCGCAGAACCUGGACGUGAUACUGAAGACAGGCGAGAGCUCUCUGCUGCAGAUGGACGCCGAUGGCAUUUGGGGGCUGUUGCGGAGAGACGACGUCAGCCCCCGGGUCAGCGAGACGGCCCUCCUGGAGCUGGUGCUCAAGUGGGUGGAGUACGACCUGGACCGCCGACAGCCCUACACCGAGCUGCUCCUGCAGGAGGUCCGGCUGGGGUUGAUCUUCCCCCCCGGCUGCGGGUUCGAGGGGGACCUGGGAGCCGCCGCCGAGCUGGUGAAGGCUCUUCCGAAGGGUCAGGCGUACCUGGACAUGCUGUCCGAGCAGUGCCUGGGGCUGCAGACCGACAGCCCGGUUCGGAACUGGUUCAGGAUAAGGUCGACGAGGAAAGCGGUGCUGGCGACGUGCGGGAAGACCACGGGCAGCCGGGAGUGCAGGGAGGUGAUGAUCCUGGCAGGUGACAGAGGGCAGACCUCGCAGACGUGGAGGACGAUUGCUCAUGUGGAGGGAAUGUACAACCACUGCGCUGUGGUGCUCAAUGACUACCUGUAUAUCAUAGGGGGGCAGAAUUCCUGGUUCAACACGAACCACGAGGAAGAGGCCACCGCCUGCGUCCGGCGCUACGAUCCGCGCUUCGACAAGUGGACCCGUCUGGCUGACAUGCAUGUGCGACGGCGCCGGUUCCACUGCAGCGCCCUGGGAGACCGGAUCUACGCUGUGGGGGGCAGAGGGGAAGGGGGCAUACUGUCCUCUUCAGAGUGCUACAGUCCAGCUGAGGACAAGUGGACACACAUCCGGGCCCUGCCCUGCCCACUGUCCAGCCACGCCGGCGCUGCCUACAGCAACAGGCUCUACGUCUGCGGGGGCUCCUCAGGGGAAAUCUUCUCGAACGCGAUGUACCAGUACAGCCCAGAACUGGACGAGUGGACACCCCUGCCACCCCUGCGCUAUGCCAGAGGGUUCCACAGCAUGAGCCCUGCGGGGGACAAGAUCUAUGUCAUGGGUGGUAUCCUGAUCUCUCGGGCAGCGGGCCAGGCGCGCUCCUACUCGGACGUCCUGGUGACGGAAUGCUACUGCCCGGCCUCCCGGCAGUGGACAGAGCUCAGCCCCCUGCCCGUGGGGCACAGCCAGCACGGGGCCGCCGCGCUGGGCUCCUCCAUCUACAUCAUGGGCGGCUUCUCCUGGACGGAGGAGGGCUUCCUCAGCAGCGUCCACGUGUACGACCGCGAGGCGGACGCCUGGCGAGCGGGGCCCCAGCUGCCCCGGCCGCUGGUGGGGGUGGCCAGCGGGACGCUGACCCUGCCUCACGCUCUGCGCGGGAAGGGCGACACCACAGAGCCCGAGCCCGAGCCGUCGUAGGGCAGCGAGCGGUGACCAGCAGCCUUCCCCGUGCAGCACUGUCGGUGUACCAGGAGAAAACAUCACGACUAAUACACAUUUCAACAGACCUGAAAUGAGUAACAAACGAAUAGUAUUUCCUCUAUGCUUGAUGCCAAAUUGUUAGUUAUGCCUAAAAACAUUGUACCCAUUAUAUAUUCUUACCUUGUUGUACAAUUAUUACAUUAUUGUAUAUUAUUGCUGCCUAAGCCCAGGGCUUCUAAAUGUUUCCAAAAUGAUUUGUUUUAGCAGAGGAAAACAAGCAAAGAAGCGUUUAUGUUACCAUUUUCAGUGUCACAUUAAUAAAUCAGAUGAGCAACUA